UCCUUCCCGCAGGUGAGGACAAUGGCCAGCCCGGAGGACGACCUCAUCGGCAUCCCCUUCCCCGAGCACAGCAGCGAGCUGCUGAGCUGCCUGAACGAGCAGCGGCAGCUGGGGCUGCUCUGCGACGUCACCAUCAAGACUCAGGGGCUGGAAUACCGCACCCACCGCGCCGUCCUGGCCGCCUCCAGCCGCUACUUCAAAAAGCUCUUUGCCGGACCGGGGCCGGGCCAGGAGGUCUGCGAGUUGGACUUCGUGGGGCCGGAGGCGCUGGGGGCGCUGCUGGAGUUCGCCUACACGGCCACGCUCACCAUCAGCAGCGCCAACAUGGGGGAGGUGCUGCGCGCCGCCCGCCUGCUGGAGAUCCCCUGCGUGAUCGCCGCCUGCGUGGAGAUUCUGCAGGGCAGCGGCAUGGAAGCGCCCGGCCCCGACGACGGCGACUGCGAGCGUGCCCGGCGCUACCUGGAGGCUUUCGCCACCCUCCCCGAGGGCGAGGUGCCCGCCCCGCCGCCCCCUCGCCCCGCUGCCCGCCGCAGCAAGAAGACUCGCAAGUUCCUGCAAGCUCGUGGUGCCAGGCUCAACAACCACGCCGAGGAGCCGCCCGCCGAGACCGGGGGCUGCAGCAGCCCCCCGCCACCUCCUCAGAUGCCCUCACCUCCUCUUCCCGAGGAGCUGCCUCUGCCCUAUGACAGCUUCGAGCUGCCCGAGGAGGAGGAGCUGCCCCCACACUCCUUUCCCUUUCCCUACCAGCCUCCUCUGUCCCCCGAGGAGGCUGCCUCUGAUGAGGACCCCAUCGACCCCGACCUGAUGGCGUACCUGAGCUCGCUGCACCACGAGGCGCUGGCACCCGGGCUGGACAGCCCUGACAAGCUGGUGCGGAAGCGCCGCUCGCAGAUGCCCCAGGAGUGCCCUGUGUGCCACAAGGUCAUCCAUGGGGCCGGCAAGCUGCCCCGGCACAUGCGCACACACACGGGCGAGAAGCCCUUCGCCUGCCAGGUCUGCGGGGUCCGCUUCACACGGAACGACAAGCUGAAGAUCCACAUGCGCAAGCACACGGGGGAGCGGCCCUACUCCUGCCAGCACUGCAGCGCUCGCUUCCUGCACAGCUACGACCUGAAGAACCACAUGCACCUGCACACGGGCGCCCGGCCCUACGAGUGCUGCCGCUGCCACAAGGCCUUCGCCAAGGACGACCACCUGCAGCGGCACCUCAAGGGCCAGAACUGCCUGGAGGUGCGGACCCGCCGCCGCCGCCGCGACGAUCCGCCGCCGCCGCCAGCCGGCCCCCCGGGGCUCGACCUCUCUAAUGGGCGGCUGGAGGGGCUGCGUCUCUCCAUCAGCCCCUUCUGGGGGCCGGGACAACCUAAGGAGGAGGAAGAGGAGGCGGAGGGAGAGGAAGGGCCUCAGCCGGACGAGGCCGUGCCGGUGGUGGAGACGGCGUAG